AUGGAGUUCUACAAACCUCAAGAUGCUGUUGCGAAGAGGCGACAGACACCGAGUAUUGCUGCAGAGAAACGUAGGAAGCCGCCACAGACGACGCAAUAUAGCUUCAUCAACUCCAAUGUCUCAGGAGAUGCUCCCACGCCUGAUAGCAUUCGCCAGAUCCGCUCGCAUGUCGCGAGGGACAUACACGCGCGCGCGCGGCAGAAGCGCAUCGACAACCUGCGGGUCAGGUCACUCCCGCCGCGGCCCAGUGACUUUCCACAACGGCACAGUGCGGGCCCAGCAGAGGUGGUGACGAAGAUGCGCGGGCACGUAUCCCAGGCCGAUCCAGUAGAGAAGCGCCCUCUGGGGGAGAAAGAUAGGGUGGUUAUGCCUGCUGCCUUGCUCCAGUACCCGGUGAGCAAUGGGCAGGUGUUUGCGAGAGAUAUUACCCGGAGUGAGAGAUACAUGUUGAGCACUUUCAUGAUCUAUACAGAGAAUUAUAAGAACGCAAUGCAGCGAUCGGUCAAGCAUAGCAGCGUGUCCACCGAAAACCUAAGACAGAGAUGGAUCCCCUAUUGCAUGAGCCAAGAAGGACUCCUAGAAACCUUGUUUCUAAAGGCUGGCAAUGCCUUGAGUGAGCUGAGAGGGAACAGCGAGGAGAGGUGGGAUCUUGUAGCUUGCCGCUACAGAGAGCGGUGCCUAAAGAAAGCCAUCGAGGCGCUAGCACGAGAAAACAUGUGUCCUAGCGACAAUACCAUCGCCCUUGUCAUUUCUGUAGGCGCUGAUGAUGUGAGUAUCCUCUGA